GCAGUGCGGUCUAAACACAGAAUGUGAUUGGCUUACGAGAACUCGUGUCAGGAAGUAGUGCGUCGAAAUACGUUUGCCGACUGAAAAUCCUCCUUAUGACAAUCUGCUCCCGUGAUUCUCAGUUGUAACUCCUUUAUUCACACAGAUCUCUCAUGGCUGGCAGAAGAGUCGUGGUCUUCCCUUCCUCAGUGGAGCUUGGACCGGUGCUGGCGCAUCUGGUGACAUCUCGGGCUGAGAAGGCCAUCCUUUCUCAUGGCAGAUUCACGCUGGGGCUCUCUGGAGGAAGCCUUGUGUCCAUGCUCAGCAAAGAGCUGCUCGCCCUGCCAGACCUGGACUACAGCAAGUGGGUGGUUGGUUUUUGUGAUGAGCGACUGGUUCCCUUUGAUGAUCCAGAGAGCACCUAUGGGCUCUACAAGAAUCAGUUGUUUUCCAAGGUCAAUAUCCCUGACAGUGGGAUCUUAACUAUUGACACCUCUCUGCCAGUAAACGAGUGUGCUGAGGACUAUACACGCAAACUGAAGGAGGCCUUCCCAGGUGACAGUUUCCCUGUGUUUGACCUGUUACUGCUGGGUAUGGGGCCUGAUGGACACACCUGUUCCCUCUUCCCAGAGCACCCUCUUCUGGAGGAGACCAAGAAGAUUGUGGCCCCCAUCAGUGACUCUCCCAAACCACCUCCACAGCGUGUAACCAUGACUUUUCCAGUGGUGAACUCUGCACGCUGUGUAGCUUUUGUGUCAACAGGAGGAAGCAAAGCGCCCGUUCUGAAGGAAGUGCUGGAGGGAAGAGAUGGCCCAGCUUUCCCAGCGGCCCGUGUCAUUCCUGCUAAUGGCGAGCUCUUCUGGCUUGUUGACGACCCUGCAGCUGCCUCCUUAACUAUCCAGGUAGAGAGGCCGGGCUCAGGGGCCAAACUGUAGAGCUUUCCAUCUACCGUGCAAAAGAGAGGGAGUGAAAGUAUGAGUGAAGAGACUGGAAAAUAGUGCAGUACAUUUCUGCUUGCACACAAAAGUGCUGUUGGUUUAUGAAAGGUAAGAUAAUGAGAUAGGAUAGAAGUAUAAACAAAGAAAACACUGGGGACAAAUGUAAUAUGCAGCAUUGUAUUUAGCAUUAAUUGGAGGUUAGUUAGUGUGUGUGUCAGUCAGAAGUCCAGUUUUGUUCAAGGCAGCACCAAACAAAAGAAAUCCUGGCUGUAAAGUUGAAGAAAUAUGUAUUUUUAUUUUUCUUAUUGGGUCAAUUAACCUACCAAAGUUAAGUUACUGUAAAAUGUACAGUUCUUCUGCUCCUCAACUCUGAGUUUUGCUCUGUAAAAUAUCAAACCCAGUCACAUUUUGACACUGAUCAGCAUUCCUUUAGCACUUACACUUAUUUUCAUUAAACUAAAAAAAGAAACGUAAUAAAAUAAACAUUUGACUCUUGUGUUAAG